AUGCUGCCAGUCAAGAAAGUCGUCUCGCAGACACUUUCCAUUUUGGGAAGAGCGGUGGCUCCGGCCGAGCAACUGGCUCUGAUAAAGAGUUCGGGCGCCGACAGGGAGGUCAAAGAUCUUCUGCGACAGUGCCUGAUCACCGCAAUUCACUUCCAGUCGGCCAGCAAAGAGAACCUCGAAAAGUCGAAGACGUUGGUGCGGAAGAGCGACGGUGACGUCUGCGAGAUCAGCUCCCGGGCGGCGGCGUUCACAGCGGCCUCCGCGAUGAAGCUCAAGAAGUGGAGUGACGUGGAAGAGAUGCUCCAGAUGACGAAGAGCUGUCCGCCGGCGAUCACGAGCUCCAUUCGGAUUCGGGCGCUCGCCGAGCAGUCGAAAUUGGACGAGGCGCUCGCGGAGCUCGAAAACGUGCUCAUUUUCGAGGAAGACGUCUUCGGAACCGCCAAUUAUUGUGUCAGCGAUGAGGCGGUUCGAUUUUUAGAAUUUUUUUACCUAAUUUUUCCGAUUUUCAGCUCGAUUCUCUAUGCGAAGCGAUCAAAUCUCAACCGGAAACUGCCGAAAAGGUGAAUUUUGCUCUAAAAUCCGGCGUUUUUGCAAUUUUGUGCUUUCAGAUGAAGCGAUUCCGAUCGUUGCAACGUCUCGUCACAAAAUACGGGCGGCGGACGGAAAAAUCGAUCGAAGAACUGCUGUUCGCGCCGAUUCGUCUCGAAAACGCGGCCACGUCAUCGGCGGACGACGAAGAAUUUGUGAAAUCGGACAGAUUCGGCGAAUUUGUCAAACAAAUUCCGUAUUUGAAUGAGCAAUCGGAAAUUUAA